AAAAAAACAAGCGAUGCUUUCUGUUCCUUUUGAGCGAUUUUUUUAAAUAGCAAGCUCUAACUUCAACAGAACAAUACAAUUUUGGCAGCGUCAAUGAUAAAAUGAUCGGAACCCAAGAAAUACAAGAGUGUCUCAAAGGAGAAAGUGAGAUUAACUUACAAGAUCACAUGACCAAUUGUACGAAGAAUCCGGGUCAUACAGCGUUCAUACCAGUCAAUAAAUUUUCGCUUGACAAUCUACCCAAUGGUUACAAAGACAAAUAUUUUGUAAAAGUCACUCAAGCUUUGUCUGACUUGACGGUCAGGGUUGCUGUCAAUUUCGUUAGUCCACGUCGACCAGAGUUUAUACCAGGCACACAGGAACAUUAUGCAGGGUACAAAAGUAGGGGUCAGAACUUGCUGAUGACCGGAACAGGAAGAAUAUAUCAAGUGAUUCAGAACAAUGAAGGAGUGUACGGCAACAGAGCGUGCCCAUGCCCUGAAUGUGACCUCUCCGGCACACCCAGCAAAGUGUGGUGGGAGGUUGAAGUGAGGACAGCCAGACACGUGGUGUUUGAUGAGAGUGAGGUGAAACAGUCCAGCUGUAGAUUAUGGUUUGAUGAUGAUAACAGUCCAGUGGUCAAGAUUUAUGGAUGGGAAGUGGGUGAUUUUUCGACAGAAGAAGAUUCAUGUGGGCUGUAUUAUGUAACUCACGAGUUACAUAUUGCUAAAACUCUCGAGAGAAUGUUAGCAAAGUUUUUAGAUGUAAGUAAGAACUUGUCAGUCAGAAGGCAAGGCAGCGAUCUGGACAAGCUGACCAUCAUAGUGUCCCAUCCUCACGGCUGUUCUAAGCAGGUCUCUGUAGGUCAGUGGAUGAAGCGGGAGGAACUCAGGACAUAUUUAACCAGGUUCACAUACACCAACUGUACUUGCCCAGGAAGCAGUGGGGCUCAGGUUUAUAGACGCGGGUGGGCUUUGGCCCAUCACCCACAUAGUACAGCUCUAUCUGAUGGAUUAAACAGUGGAAUGGUCAGAUGGGAAGGCUAAUACGUAUGUGAAUUGUUUACAAUCAUGACGACGCUGAGUUAACAUAAUAUCAUACGUACAGUUUUUAAUGAACUAUAUGUAUCGGUGCUUUUUUAUCAAACCAUUUUAUAUUUUGUAUGUGAC